AUGCACACACACCGAGAUGAGCCCAAUUUAAUUGCAAACUUCCAAAUUGGUGACAUUGGACCUGGCUCUUAUAACCUUUCAACAAAAAGUGUUAGUGGUGGUUUUAUAUUCCAAAACACCACCACUUUGGAAUAUGUGCACAAGAGUUAUUCUGUAUUUAUCCAGACUGAUAAAGCAAUCUAUAAGCCUGGACACAAAGUGCAGUUUCGAAUCAUUGUCCUCAAUACCCACUUGAAGCCAAAUAUCAAGAGUGCUCUAGAUUUUUACAUUGCAGAUGGAAAAGGAAAUAGAGUUAAACUAUGGAAGCGGGCAGUGCCACGAAAUGGAGUGUUCAGCGCUGAGCUCCAGUUGUCCGAGUCGCCUGUCCUUGGCGAUUGGUCAAUUGUUGUCACCAUUUUAGAUCAGACAUUCCAGAAAUCUUUCCAUGUUGCUGAAUAUGUUUUGCCCAAAUUUGAGGUCACAGUUGAUGUGCCUCCCCAUGGCACUUUCAAGGAUUCACAUAUUGUUGCUACUGUACAUGCAAAAUAUACUUAUGGAAAGCCUGUGAGAGGAGAAGCAACAAUAACUGUUUAUCCAAAUAUUUUCUCUGGUGUCAUCCAACCAAUUUUCCAAAAUCCUAUUCGGAAAGUUGUACCAAUUGAUGGGAAAGCCAUUGUUGAGUUUGAUAUUAAAAAUGAAUUGCAAUUGGAAGAUGAUUUUGAGAGAACAAUUCAGCUUGAUGUUGCUGUGGAAGAAGAAUUGACUGGAAGACGUCAGAACAAUUCUGCUCAAAUUGUUUUGCAUAAACACAAGUAUAAAAUGGAACUAGUAAAAACAUCAGAUUACUUCAAACCAGGGCUUAAAUACACAGCAUUUGUUAAGCUUGCCCACCAUGAUGAUACUCCUGUACAAGAUGAAAGAAACCCUGUAAAGAUUAGAUAUGGUUUCACUGGUGAUCCUGAACAGUAUACAGAAGAAAGUCACAAUCUUCCAAAGAAUGGAAUCAUAGAACUUAACUUCUACCCUCCACUCUCAGCCAAUCAGACAGUCUCUCUUGGAAUAGAGGCUGAAUAUUUGGAUUUGAAAGAAUGGUUUUCAACCAUUAGUGCUGCAAUGUCUCCAAGUGAUACUUUCAUUCAGGUUAUUGUGAAGACUGAUAAACCAAAGGUUGGAGAAGAUGUGGUUAUUGAAGUAAAUUCAACAGCAUCUUUAAAGUACUUCAUGUAUCAAGUAGUGGGGCGUGGUGAUAUCAUUGUGUCUAAAACAAUUACCACAAAUGGUAGAAAUACUUAUCAAGCACGAUUCCUGGCUACAUAUGCUAUGGCACCAACAGCCCAUGUAAUCGUUUCAUAUCUAAAAGAUGAUGGUGAAGUUGUUGCUGAUGCUAUUGAUAUAGAAAUUGAUGGAAUGCUUCAAAAUUUUGUAAAUGUUGAAUCAAACCCUCAAGAAACGCAACCUGGUGGAGCAAUUGAUUUGAAAAUUGAAGCAAAACCAAAUUCAUAUAUUGGGCUUCUGGGCAUCGAUCAAAGUGUUUUAUUACUGCGUUCAGGAAAUGAUAUUACUCGGAAAGAUGUCUUGGAAGAGUUGCGAAGCUAUGAUUCAGGUCGAUCAUAUUAUCUUCCUGAUUUCAUUGGAAGAAACAGAUUUAAAAGAUCGUUAUUCUGGUGGCCAGGAUCUUCCACAGCGCAUGAAGUAUUUGAUAGGUCUGGAACAGUUAUUUUAACAAAUGGACAUGUUUUUGAUUAUUCUCCUGUCGUGUACUACAGGUCUAACUUUGGGGAUGAGCUGUAUUCUGACCUUUCCGCUGCGCCUGUCCCUGCUUUUAGUGCGAUGGGAUUGGGAGGUGUGAUGGAGUCAGGCAUUAAAAUCCGACAACAUUUUCCUGAGACGUGGCUGUGGGAUGCGCUAGACACUGGGUCUAGUAUAGAAGUUGGUUCUCGUUAUGAUCAGAAUUCGAAUGGACAAAACCGAGUUCUCUAUCGCACUGAUCCUGUAUCUGGUCCAUCCACUGUGAAGCCAGAUCUGGGGCCACCGGUGACUAUCAGACCUGUGACUCGCCCUCCGCUCGCAGGCCCCUUUGCCUUCUCACGCAUCCCCCCUCCUGUGUGGACCGCGCCCCGCGUUUUCCUCCUGCAUGACCCAGCCUCCACUUGGCUUUUCACCAACCUUUCUUCAGGAUCUGAUGGCAAGGCUUCUCUAAAGAGUGAAGUGCCAGACACCAUAACUUCUUGGGUCCUAAGUGCAUUUUCUAUUGACCCCAUAUAUGGACUUGGAUUGAUAGAAGAACCAAGGAAGAUACGAGUGUUUCGCCCUUUCUUUGUUUCUCUGGAUUUGCCAUACUCAGUAAUCAGAGGAGAAAUUGUUGCCAUUCCAAUUGUUGUCUUUAACUACAUGAACAAAGAUCUUUCUGCAGAUGUGACUUUACUGAAUGAUGGGCUUGAAAAUUUUGAUUUUGCUGAAAUCUCAAAUGAUGUGGAAGCACAGUCAAAAUUGGAAGUAUUCCGCACAAAGAAGUUACUUGUCAAAGCUAAUAGUGGAGCUUCUGUGUCUUUUAUGAUCACACCAAGAAAACUUGGAUAUAUUAAUAUCAAAGUGACAGCAGUCACUAGUCGUGCUAGAGAUGGUGUGGAAAGAAAGCUUCUUGUAAAGCCUGAAGGAGAAACUCAGUUUGAGAAUAAAGCUAUUUUUGUGGACCUAAGGAGUGCAAGUACUUUUAAAACCAACAUUUCACUAAAUUUUCCGAAGUAUUUUGUCCCUGAGUCUGAAAAAGUACAGAUAUCUGCAGCAGGAGACAUUCUUGGACCUAGCAUACCCAACCUUGCCAAUCUAAUAAAAAUGCCUUUUGGAUGUGGGGAACAGAAUAUGCUCAACUUCGUACCAAAUAUUGUGGUUAUUGAUUAUUUACGUAAUACCAGACAAUUGACCCCUGCAGUGGAACACAAAGCCACUCGGUACAUGGAGACUGGAUAUCAACAGGAAUUAACAUACCGUAGAGAAGAUGGUUCAUUUAGCGCAUUUGGAAAUAAUGACAAUCAUGGCAGUACAUGGUUAACAGCGUUUGUGGCCAAAUCUUUCCACCAAGCAAUGCCUUACAUCACUGUUGAGGAAAGAAUUAUCCACGAGGCUCUUCAGUGGUUGGCGAACAACCAGGCAGCCAAUGGAAGCUUUCCGGAAGUGGGCAAAGUCAGCCACAAGGACAUGCAGGGAGGGGCCGCCAACGGGGUGGCUCUGACAGCAUAUACACUCAUUGCAUUCCUAGAGAAUAAGAAUUCUACAUCACUGUAUCGCAAUACAAUCAAUAAAGCUUUGGAUUAUGUGGUCAAAAACUUAAAUGGCCUAGAGGAUGUUUAUGCCAUUUCCAUUUGCACAUAUGCACUUCACUUGGCUGAUCACACAUCAAAGACUCUUGCUUUUAAUUUACUUGAGAGCAAAGCCAACACAACAUCGAAUAUGAAAUGGUGGAACAAAGUGGAUUCUGAUCCAGGAAAUCCAUGGAAUAACUUGCCAAACUCAGUAAACAUUGAAAUGACAUCUUAUGCCCUUCUUUCCUACCUUAAAAGAGGUUUAAUACAAGACAGUCUUCCAAUAAUGAGGUGGCUUGUAUCUCAAAGGAAUGAUGCUGGAGGAUUUGCUUCAACACAGGACACUGUUAUUGGAUUGACUGCUUUAGCAAAAUUAGCAGAACAAAUUGUUUCUGAUUCUACCAGUAUGACCUUGACAUUUAAUCAAGGAAGUAGUGUUUUGGCUAACAUCAAUAUAAACAAUGGAAAUUUAAUGAUAUUACAAAAACAUGAAGUGUCUCCCAAAGUUCGUGAAAUAGAAAUAUCAGCCACAGGGACUGGAUUUGCUGUGAUUCAGGUGUCUUACCAAUACAAUGUAAAUGUGACCGGAGCUUGGCCAAGAUUUACCCUUGAUCCUCAGGUGGAUAAGAAUUCUGAUCAUAAUCAUCUGCAACUUACUAUUUGUUCUGGUUUUGUUGGUAGUAAAGAUGGCAACGAAAGCAAUAUGGCUGUCAUGGAAGUUACAUUGCCAUCAGGGUUCACUGUUGACAGAGAUUUUCUUCCAAGUUUAAGAGUAUCACAGAAUGUCAAAAGAGUAGAAACUAAGGACGGUGACACAGUAGUAAUGAUGUAUUUUGAUAAAAUGAUGAAGGAAGAAUUCUGUCCUACAGUUUCUGCAUACAGGACUCAUAAAGUAGCUAAACAAAAGCCUGUUCCAGUGACAAUAUAUGAUUACUAUGAUUCAUCACGAAGAGCUCGAAUGUUUUAUGAACCUCAGAAAGCCACAUUGUGCGACAUAUGUGAAGGGGAAGACUGUGGUGAUGUAUGCUCGAGCAGACCAAAACCUCGAAAUCAAGAUUCUACAGCUGACGGAGGUUCUUCAGAGUUAGGAAAACCACUUGGGUGCAUCAUUUCUACUAUAAUAUUUACAUUUAUUGUAAGGUAUAUGUAGUUAACUUUCUGAAUAUGACUUUUAUAACUUUGUUUUUCAUACUCGACUUGAAAUUUUAAAUUUCAAUUUUGAAAUUAAAAUGCUCUUCCCUAAUAUUCCAAUAUUCACAUUUUUUUCACUUACAUGAAAGAAAACUGCAAUAAGUCAAAUGCUUCAAGUUUCUUCAACAGAUUUAAAAAGGAUAAUAAAAAAAGAAUAGAAAAAAAUAGUUGAGAGGGAGAGAUGAAAAUCAAUCAGUAUUUUUCCAAGUACUGAAGUUUAAUUUCAUUUUUUGAAAGGGGAGUUUUUGUUAAGGUCUGUGAAAUAUUGUAAAUUAAUGUAGUUGCAAAGGAAUUAGUUUUUAUUACUGUUGAAAAAAAAUAUUAAGAAAUGAGAAAAUGAAAUUAGCCAAAUAUUUUAAUACUUGGUGUUGCAUGUCGUACCAAACAAUUCAUUGCAUUAAUAACGUUAAAGAAAAAAAGAGUUCAACUGAAGCGAAUUUGGAAUUAGUCUAGCUAAUUUGGUUAAGCAACUUCGAGUUCCAUACAAGAGGAAAAUAAUUGUUUGUUUUUAGUAAUUCCAAGGGAGAUGAAUUAUAUUCGAAACGUGUGAGUGGUUGAUUCUUGGACAUAUAACUAACCAUUUUUUUUCCUCGUAAAACAACAUCAACAAAUUAACUACAACAGUCUAAUGUAUGAAUAAAUAUUGAAAAUGUCUUUAUAUGUACUUAUGUGGAACUCUUUUUGUCGCUACUUGGUCUGCAUUUGGUUAUCAUGUAACUGAUUAAUUAAAUAAGAGCUGCAAUAAAUAUAUAAUAUUCUUAGAAGAAGAUAAUAAUAAUAAUAAUAACAAUAAAGAAAAGACUUAUAAAGCAAACCGAAAAUUUCAUUAAAUGAAACAUUCGUAUUGUAUUGUACUUAAAUAACUGCAAUUUACAUUCCAUUAAAUUAAAUUUAAUUACUUAAGACUUAUAUGUUCAUAGAAAUUAGGAAAAAAUAAGGCUAACAUUAAACAUGCUUUUUUUCUUACAUUAGUUCCUUUUCAAAUAAUGUGAUAGCUUACCAAACAAGUAUGAGUGUGUAUUUAUAUAAUUAUUUUUCAUAAUAAUAGAUCUAGAGAAGCAAAAACAAUAUUUUUCAUGAAUAAUGUUUACAAAUUGUCAAGUUGUACAAAAUAAGAAAUAACAUUUUCACCUUUUUGAAAUA